AUGAGCACUAUUGUGAAUGAGCUGAAUACUCUUGAUGAUCACAAUAUCACUGACUUGAUGCAAAACAGAAGGUUUUUUCGUGCUCUCCUCAUGGAGUACACCACUGUCUGUGAGUUGAUCAAGCAUAGGCUAGACUUCAAGGAAUUAACUCCCACCUGGGUGCUUGGAAGAAUUGUGUCCUAUGAGCUUGACCAAGAAGAAAAGAGGUUGACCCAUGGUUCGGGAUCCAGUUCGAAGAAGAACAACAUUGCACUCAAGGCCAAGAAAUCAUCCAAGAAGAUUGUUAGCUCCAGUGAAGAAUCUGAAGACUCAUCUUCGUCUGAUGAAGAAUCCAACUCCAAUGACAAACUUGCUCUAUUUGUGAAGAGAUUCAAUAAGAAGUUUGGAAGUAAGUUUGGAAACAAGCUGAAGCAUCAAGGUGAAUCCAGCUCCUCCAAGUUUCGGAAAUCGGCUUGUCGGAAGAAAUCUGAUAUGGCCAAGAGAGCUUGCUUCAACUGUGGCAAGAAAUGUCACUUCAUUGCUGAAUGUCCCGAGAAAGCUGAUGAAGACAAGGAGAAGAAAGGAUUCAAGAAACACUCUCACAAGAAGAGCCAUGACCGUUACAAGAAGAAGGAUUGGAAAAAGGACUCUGCUCACAAGAAGGGGAAGUAUUACUCUAGAGCACAUGUUGGUGAAUCAUUGCACUCUGGACAUAGGCUUGGCAAGGCAUAUGCAUCCGGAGGAAGAGAGUGGGUCAUGGACUCCGGAUGUACAAAUCACAUGACCGGUGAGAAGAAAAUGUUUAGCUCUUUAGAACUUGGUCCUCAACAUCAUGAGAACAUCACUUUUGGUGACAAUGGUAAGGGAAAGAGCACAGUAGUUGAGAUCUUCAAAAAGUUUGCACGUAGAGCCCAAAAUGAGUUUGAAGUAUCCAUCAAGGGCGUGCGAAGUGACAAUGGAACAAAAUUCAAGAACCUGAUGAUGGAAGAAUUCCUCGAUGAGUUCGGCGUGAAGCAUGAGUUCUCUGCACCUCAUGUUUCUCAACAAAAUGGGGUGGUGGAGAGGAAGAACCCCAUCAACACCGCUUGCCAUGCUUCAAAUCGCUUGUAUCUUCAUCGACUUUUGAAGAAAACACCAUACGAGCUCAUCUCCAACCGCAAGCCUGAUGUGUCAUACUUCAGAGUCUUCGGAAGCAAAUGCUACAUCCUUAACAAGAAGAAUAGACGAGCUAAGUUUGAUUCUAAAUGCGACGAAGGUUUCUUCUUUGGUUAUCCCUCGAAUGCACAUGCUUAUCGAGUCUUCAACAACACCACAAAAGUUGUUGAAAUUGCUAAGGAUGUGCAGUUCGAUGAAUCUAACGGCUCCCAGGAAGAGCAAUUGCCAAUGUCUGUAGAUAUUGAAGAAAUUUCAGGAAAUAUCCAAAAGAUGGCCAUUGGUGAUAUUCGUCUAGAAGAAGUCAAGCAAAGUGAAUCCGGAAUUAAUAAUGAAGAAGGCGCUUCACAAGCGGAAGAACCUAACCAAACCGGAACUUCCACCCCAGCUGAAGAACACACUACUGCUUCAAAUGAAGCACAACCUAGCACUGCUGGUGGUGAAGUACAUCAUUCGAAGAUCUGCAAAAGAAUCCAGAAGGAUCAUCCUGUCGAUCAAAUUCUUGGAGACAUCAGGAGAGUUGAGCCAAAGACGACGGAUGAAGCACUAUCGGACCCGGAUUGGGUAAUGGCUAUGCAUGAAGAACUGAAUAAUUUCAAGAGAAAUCAAGUCUGGACCCUUGUGGAAAGACCAAGGCAAAAUGUCAUCGGCACCAAGUGGGUCUUCAGAAAUAAGCAAGAUGAAGACGGAAUCGUCAUGAGGAACAAAGCACGAUUGGUUGCACAGGGCUUCACUCAGGUUGAAGGUUCUUCAUCGAAAGAUGCUAUGGAUGCUGCUGCAAUGGCUUCUGGAGAAAUUCCAUAUCGUCCUCAAGUCGUUCAUAUUGAUCCAAUUCUUCUUGCUGCAUUCAAUGAAGAAACGCUCCCAGAGACUCUCAUGAGCCAUGUUGAAGGUCUGAUCGUUGGCAAGAUUCAGUCUGAAGAAUGGGAGCAGAACCGCAAUUUGCGUGUUGCCAGAAGAUUGGAGGAAGAAGAACGUGCUGAAAAGGAACGUGUUGAGAAGGAGAAGGCCGAAGCUGCCUUGAAGAAAAAGGAAGAGAAGAAAUUUGCUGAACUGCAGAAGAAGAAGGCUAAUAGGGCUAAGAGUGAUGCUCGGAAGAAAGCCGCCGAGAAAUCCAAUGAAGUACAGGGCGGAAAUGAAGAGGUUGACCGUGAAAAGACUGAAUAUGAGAAGACGAGGGAUGCAGCUCGUGAGAUCCGUCGCGAGAUCGGUCUCAAGGCCAGAAAUGAUCCAGCUGCCCCCUCUGAUACUGAAGAAAGUCAAGAUUUACCUCAGACUGUUCUUUCAAAGAAGAUCACAAUGACUUGCCAGGCGUCUGAAAUUGCUGAAGUGAAGAAGACUGCCAAGGAGUUUGGUCUAAGGAUCAAAGUUCCUGCUGGAAGAAGUACCUCCACUUCAUCAUCUAUGGCAGUUGAAGCGAUCCCCCUCACAAAGGUUCCUCAGAAGAAGAAAGCUAUUGACACCCUUGUGCCAGAUACAUCAAAUGUCAAGCUUACUUCACUUCUUGACAAACAGGAACAAGCUGCGUCAUCUCCCACAGUAUUGUCUGAGCACACCGCUCAGCAGGAAGGAGAUGAGACUGAUGCAGAUGCCCCAGUGCCCACGCCGGAAGUCCGUGUGAAGAAAGCUGUUAAGAAGAAGAGUGUUGCACCGUCCGAACCGUCCGACCCAAGUUCCUCGAGUGAUGAGGAGAAAGAAGAAGAGAAGAAGGAAGAAGAGAAAGAGAAAGAACCCACGCAAGAGUAUGAUGAUCUGAUGGAGAUUGAUCGUCUGCCGGAAGAUCUGCUGAAGACUGCGCCAAAGAAGAAAUGA